AUCUUGUUGGUACAAUUGUCAGAGAAGGGAACUCCCACAGUAAAGGGCAUAAAACCAUCCAGGGCAGUCUGAGGCAGCUCAGUUCUGUGGUGCCAGGGAGUAGAGCAGAGCCCCGCCCUGCCCAAGCACAGAUGGGACCAUGAACUCCAGCCACAGCUUCAGACAAACCCCGCUGGGCUCCCUCCCUGGCACCCGCAGUGGCUGGGGCCAGCCCAGGAGCUUUCCCCGGGCGCCCAGCGUCCAUGGCGGCGCGGGGGGUGUCCGCGUCUCCCUUUCCUUCACCACGCCAAGCUGCCCACCUCCUGGGGGGUCUUGGGGGCCAGGAAGAGGCUGUUCCCUCCUGGGUGGAAAUGAGAAGGCCACCAUGCAGAACCUCAAUGACCGCCUGGCCUCCUACCUGGACAAGGUGCGCGCCCUGGAGGAGGCCAACGAGAAGCUUGAAAGCCGCAUCCUGAAGUGGCAUCAGCAGAGAGAUCCGGGCAGUAAGAAGGAUUACUCGCAGUACGAGGAAAGCAUCAGCCACCUGCAGGAACAGAUAGUGGAUGGGAAGAUGAGCAACGCCCAGAUGAUUCUUCUCAUUGACAAUGCCAGGAUGGCAGCGGACGACUUCAGCCUCAAGUAUGAAAAUGAACACUCCUUUAAGAAAGACUUGGAAAUUGAAGUCGAGGGCCUCCGAAAGACCUUGGACAAUCUGACCAUUGUCACGACAGACCUGGAACAGGAGGUGGAGGGGAUGAGGAAAGAGCUCAUCCUCAUGAAGAAGCGCCAUGAACAGGAAAUGAAGGAGCAUCAUGUGCCAAAUGACUUCCAGGUCAAUGUGAAGGUGGAUACAACUCCAGGUGAAGAUCUGAUUAAGGUCCUAGAGGAUAUGAGGCAGGAAUAUGAACUUAUAAUAAAGAAGAAGCAUCAAGACUUGGACACUUGGUAUAAAGAGCAGUCAGCGGCCAUGUCCCAGGAGAUAGCCACUCCAGCAGCUGUUCCGAGCAACCAAAGUGAUAUCCAUGAACUGAAGCGCACAUUCCAGGCCCUAGAGAUUGACCUGCAGGCACAGUACAGCAGGAAAUCUGCUUUGGAAAACAUGUUAUCAGAGACCCAGUCUCGGUGCGCCUGCCAGCUCCAGGACAUACAGCAGAUCAUCUCGCAUUAUGAGGAGGAAUUGAUGCAACUACGCCACGACCUGGAGCGUCAGAACAACGAAUACAAGGUGCUCCUUGGCAUCAAAACCCACCUGGAGAAGGAAAUCGCCACCUACCGCCAGCUGCUGGAGGGAGAGAGUGGAGGGACAAUGGAGGAAUCUAAGUCGAGCAUGAAAGCGUCCACACCUCCAAAGAUCAAGGCCAUCACACGAGAGACCGUCAACGGAAGACUAAUUCUUUCUCAAGUGAAUGAGAUCCAGAAGAAUGCGUGAGACCAACAAGGGUUUCUGCCUAUUGUAAAAAUGGUUUUCCCCCAAUAGAAAGUCCUUGACCUGAUACUGAUGAGUAAGUUCUAAAAGGUAUCCUUGGAAUUAUCAAACUCAGAAAUUUUUAUUUUCUUCUCUUUAACCAUCUCACCAGACUUCCCAUAAUGCUCUUCAUAUAUUGCGCUUUUUAACCAAAGUAUAAGUCCAUAAGUUUAAAGCUCCACUUUGCUACUACAAUCUUCAGAUUCCCAUCAUUGCACAUCUGUUUUGUAGCCAAUAAAACUCC